UUAUUAUACCGUCCUAACCUGUAAACCGAGUCAGUUAAAUUGCACUUGACACAAGGUAGAUAAAAUUUUACACAUUAUGUCUAACAUGCAAUAUGAUGACUGAGUGGGAUGCGAGCACGGAGCUUUAACCCGGUAGAGAAAGUGGUUAUACUUAACCAUUAGUCAAUCUUUAAGGAUUAACUAACCUUCGGGAGGUGGAAAGAAAUAACAUACCACUCCCUUUAAUCGUUGUAAGAAUCAAUAUAAUACCCAAGGUUCGAAAUUUUGGUAUAAAUAGCAUCAAUAUUGAGAGAUUUAUUACAUAUUCCUUAUUGUUUGUUUGUUAUAUUAUGAGUAAUAGUAAUUUAGCAACAAUGAUCACUAAAAGUGAUAGUAAUAUUAGUAUGAAAUCCAAUUUAGUUGGUAGUUCAACUGAUAAAGUUAAGCAAAACUUUUAUCCUAGUCAAAAGCAAGGACAAAAGCAAAAGGCUAGAAUUAAACAAAAGCCUUCUAAAUCAAGUAGAGAAGAUCAAGAUUAUUAUAAUGAUUAUUUAACUCAACAAAUUGAAACACAAAUUAAACAAGGUGGAGUUGCUGGAAGUAAUAGUCGAAAGAAUAAGAUGAUCUCUAUAGAUCAUUUAUUUGAGUAUCAAUCUUAUCGAGAUCUGCAUGAAUUUCAUACUAAUCAUAAUCAUAGUAAGAAUAAUAGAAGAGGUAGUAAUAGUCGAUCAAAACGAGAUAUAAUUCAUAAAAUCCCUCUAAAGGGGAUGUCUUUUAUUAAUGUUAAUUAUAAAUUCAUUGUAGAUUAUAGUCAAGAUUAUAAAUCACAAGAAAUGGAUCCUAAUAUACCAGUUAAUGUUAAAGAUAUUAUGAGAAUUAUUGUUCCAAAGGGUAAUGCAUGUCCAAUUUGUCUUACUGAAGAUCCUAUAGCUCCAAGAAUGAUUACAACUUGUGGUCAUAUAGUAUGUUUAAAAUGUUUAUUAUCUUUAUUAGAUAGUGAAUUACCAGAAGCAAAGAAACGAGAAUCUCUGGCAGUUAUUGAAAAAUAUAAAGAAUGUCCAUUAUGUUCAUCAAUUAUUAGAAAAAAUGAUGUUAAACCAGUUCUUAUAAAUAAUGUUGAUGAUAGAUUUGAAGUUCCUAAAAUUCGUGAUGAAGUGGUAUUAACAUUAAUGGCAAGACCUCAAGAUAAAAUUAUGUCAUUACCAAAAUCAUAUCAAGAAUAUCAUGAAAUUAUUGGUAAUUUCCCCUGGUAUAAUCAAACUAUGCCUAUGCCUGAUUGUAAUAAAUAUGCUAGAAUAUUUAAGGGGAAUUUAAAAUCUUUAACUGAUAUGUAUGAAUUUGAAAAGGCUCAAAUUCAUUUAAAUUAUGAAGAAGAAAAGGAAUUAUAUCAUGAAAGUUAUAAAUAUGUUCAAAUGGCUAUGGAUAAUAUUGAUGAUGAUAUUGAUAAUUGGAUAGCUCAUUUUAAAGCAUCUACUGGAUCUGGAAAUACUAUCAUUACUAAUACUAAUUCUAAUUCAUCUUCUACUUCUACUUCUACUCCAACAACUAUUACUGAUAAUAAGACAUUUUAUUAUUAUCAAACAGGGUUUGAUGCUAGUGCAACAUUUGUUCUUUCACCUUUAGAUAUGAAAGUACUUAAAGCAUGUUAUAAUGAUAAUUAUGAAAGUUUACCCUCAUCAAUGGUGGCUAAAAUUGAAAAUAUUCGAUAUGAAGAAUUAACUGAAGAAGCUUCAUUAACUAAAUAUAAAUAUUUAUCUCAUUUACCAAUCGGUACUCAAUUAGGAUUUUUAGAAUGUAAUUGGAAGGGACGGAUUAAAGAAGGAGUAUGGGCCAUAUUUAAAGAAGAUUUAACUAAACGAAGUUUAAGUCUGAAUAGAAAAUUUAAACGUGAAGAACGGAAUAGAAGAAGAGCUUUAAAUCAAGAAGAAAUUCGGAAUAGAAAUUUCUUUAUUCAAGAAAAUAAUGGUCAUAGUCAUGGUAAUAAUAAUAAUAAUAUUAUUACUGAUGGAUCUAUAUCUGAUAUGAAUUAUUCCGAUAUGGAUUAUGGAAUUGGAAGUUUAUCAAUUAGUGAUAAUCGAGGUAGAUUCUUACCAGUACUUGAACAUGAACAUGAUCAUGAUACAGGAAGUGAAGGUAAUCAACUGUAUGAUGAUGAAGGAGGAGGAGAUAUUGGACCAGAAGAUACUCAACAAUAUGAAACAACCGUAUGGGGAACUAAGAUCCCUAAAAGAAAUGAUAAUGAAAAUAAUGAAUUAGAUAUACAUGACAGUGAUGAUGGUUGGGAUGCUGAAGAAAUGAUUCGGAAAGCUCGAGAAGAAAUGGAACGUCAAGAGAAGGAAGGUAAGAAGGGGAGAAAGAAGAAGAAGAAGUUGAUCCUCUUAUCUUCCAAUAGUAACUGGUGAUAGUCUACUAUAGUAUAGUAUAGUAGUAUCGUAGUAUAGUAUAGUAGUAUGGCAUAGUAGUAUAGUAUAGUAGUAUACUAUAGUAGUAUCGUAUAGCAGUAUAGUAUAUUACUAUUUAAUCAUAUAUAUAAUGCAUAUUAAGAUUCAUGGUCAUAUUCAUACUCAUCUUCAUAUUUUAU